AUGGGGGUCCGACGGCGGGCGGAGUUACCACAUCGCUCAUCGCCGCAGGAGCUCUCUUUGCCUGGCCAUGUUUGCAUCGUCACGGGCGCCUCUGGAGGGAUGGGCGCCGAGGUCGCGUGGGGACUGGCCGAGGCUGGGGCGAGCCGGGUGCUGAUGGCCUGCCGCAACCUCGAGCGCUGCGAGCAGGCGCGCGCCAAGAUGUUCUCACGAUGCGUCAGCUCCCUGGAUGGUCCAGGCGCUUCCGUGACGGAGCGGUCGGCUGCCAGCUUCCGUGCAGCCAGGAGGCGACAGUGUCAGGAACUUCAGCGGCGCUUGGAGUGCAAAACCCUGGACUUGACAGACUAUGAGUCUAUCGAAGCCUUCGCAAAGGAUUCUGCAAGCUCGGGUGCGCAGCAGAUUGUGUUGGUCAACAAUGCGGGUGUGAUGGGGGAUGUCGAAGAUUCGGAGAAUACCGGCGACGAGCUCGUGGACAUGCAGAUGCGCACCAAUCACUACGGUCAUUUCCUUCUGGCUAAACUGCUGCUCCCCAGCAUGGACUCAUCAUCUAUCCUCGUGGUAGUUGCCAGUCGGGCGCAUCGACAGGGGUCUUUGACAAUCACAACCCGUGACCCUGGUCUUCUUCUGAGGAGCGAGGAGAUUCAGGGCUCCCCUCCCUACGCUCGUUUGUUGCAUGCCCUUGGGCUGGGGUGGUAUGCGCGCUAUGCUCGGUCGAAGCUCUGCAAUGUCCUCUUUGCCGCAGAGGUGCGCAGAAGAUAUCCUGAUGGACCGAUAAGCGUUGCAGUCUCCCCUGGGCUCGUCAACACCGGAAUUUUUGCAUCUGUGCCGGAGCCUCUGGGGAAGGCAUUGUGCUGGUGUGCGGAGAGGCUGUUUCAGACUCCGCAGGAGGGAGCUGGUCACAUCCUUGCGGCAAUCGCAGCUGCGCGAGCUGCACAGACGCAGUCGGUGCAGUCUGCAAAGGGGGAGGAUAGCUCAGGGCUGCGAGAGCUGCCGCUGUACUGGCAUUGUGGAGAGGCGCAGGAGCCAUCCAAAGCAGCCUUGGAUGCAGGCCUAGCCGAGGCACUUUGGCGUGCCAGUGAAGAGGCCGUGACGAGAUAA